AGUCAGUGUUCCGAACCUGCUACGUGCGCGCACUCAGGACGAGUCGGUGCGUGCUCGCGAAAUCACCCAGGCACCGAUGUGGCGUCGUCGGUCGCAACAAGUGUCUCUGAAUGGAAUGCGGUGCUUCGCCCACAAGCUUUACCCGAAAACCUGAGGAAAUCGGAGUUGAUUUCAAUCUCUCGAGGAGUGAGGAAAAACCUUGUCGGGAAAAAGAGUAGGUCGAGAUAUGCGGGAGAAAAGGAGGAAGAAGAGUUGUAAAGAAGAAGAAGAAGAAGAAGAAGAAGAGGAGGAGAGUUGGCACGAAGACGAAGCGUCUAAGGAUGAACGAGGUUAAUUUGAGGCGAGAGUCUUCAGGGUCGCGAUUCGAAGGACAGUUUUAAUUUCGAAGGACAGCCCUAGAGCGUUCUCUUGGGAAAUAAAGCGAAGUUUGAAUCUUUCGUUGUGCGAGCCAAGGAUCCCAUGAGAGCCCUUUCGUUCGAGAACCUAAGGAGGCUCGUCGGUCGGAGGAAGGAUCGCGAUGAGCCUUCCUUCGAACGCAGCGAGUCCUUCAAGCGGAUUUCCAUUAGGAAGAGUUACUUGGAUCGUGGCAAGAGAAGACACCGAUUGCAGAAGGUGGUCGAUCCCGAGGAGUCGAGACUAAGGUCUAAGAUUCUUCUGCGAUGCAAUGAGGAGGAGAACACUGAGGACGAGAAGAGAAUCGACUCUCCGGACGGGACUAUUGUUUAUGACGACUGGAUUCAUUCGGCGUACGCCAAGAAAGUCGAUUCUUGCUCCAUUGAUUCGAUUCACUCGAAUUCGAGGGAAUUCGAUCCAAGAAAGGACUCGAAGAAUUCUAGGAAGGAGUCGGAGUCGAAUUCGAAUUCUUUCGGUUCGAAGAAGAAGAGAGUACCCCCAAAGAGGAAUCCCGAACGGAGAAAAGCUCCUCCACCGCCACCACCUAGGAAUAUUGAGUUGUCGCCCGUUUUGAUUGAACUUCCCCAAGAAAACGAGGAGGAGAAUAAUGUUUCUUUGGGACGAGUUUGGACCCAAUCGUUCUCAUCAGGCCAUGGGACGGAAGUGUCCUCUAGGGAUGAGAAACCACGGCAAGCUUCUCUUUCAGAGAAGACAAAGAGCGAUUCUUCCCGAGAUGGGAGCAGAUCUGGUUUUAGUUUUUCUCUGUCCAUCUCUAGAUUGACAACUGACUUGCGAGCCGCUGCGGUCACUACCAGGAACGGAUUGUUUAGACGGAAAAAAGGGUCGAAACCAUCGCCGAGUGUCAGUGCGGAGGGUUAUUUCGAAAGAACAGCGGCGGCGUCAUCAAUGCGGCGAUCAGGGAGGACGAACUGCUCGCGAAGACGAACCUACUGCUCGAGAAGGAGGAAAAUAGUGACCACCAGUCCCUUGAAGCCCAAGGUUCCUGGGAGUCCGGUGUGGUUCGUGCCUCCUGAGAGGCGUCGCUCCGCGAGGCAGAAGGGCAGGGUUUGGCGAGAGGUCAGAUAUUUUCCCGAGGAUCACGUGCAGGGGGAGGAUCUUCUCAAGAGACGUGACCUCGAGGAGAGAACCAACGACUGGUCAUCGAAUCUCUCCGAUGAGUUCGACGACCGGAAGUUACUUCUGUCCGGUGACUUUGACGAGCGAGUGAGAAACGAAGAAGAUGAAAAAACGAAUUAUCAGAAGGAGAAUAAAAGAAAUGAACUUAAUUCGAAAAGUGUUGAUUCUUCCUUACAGUCCUCGACCACUUCGCUGAUAUCGAGUGACGACGAUCAGAGAGUGCCACCGAAAAUCAGUGAUUUUAAUGAGGAUAAAAUAUUCUGCGAGGAAUUUCGUGGUGAGAUGGCAGUGACUAGUCGAGGGGGGAAUUAUUUUGCGAGUAGUCAAUUUUUGGGUUUUCUCUCGAAAAAAGAGGUGGAAGUUCCGUUUAAAAAUAGUGCUGGAUCGAGGUAUCGAUGUUUGUCGUCGAGUGAGAGCGAAACCGAAGUGGUGCUUUUUGUGGAUAAGAAAGAAAACAGCUCAAGAGAUGUGGAUUGUGAGAGCAGUGAAAGUUAUAGAAGUCGAUCUGUUGUUUUGAUAUUGGAGGGACAAAGGUCGAGUGUGAGGAGGUCGGAGGUAGUCGCAGGACCCAGAAGACGACCGUUGAGGAGGAAGUCCCAAUUGAGAAGGGCCAACUGCAGGGGACAACCUGUUUAUCUAGCUAGGAAACGUUCAUCCCUCAGAAGACGACCCUGCAGGGACAUAACGCAAAAGGGUUAUGAGAAGAAACGGACGCGUCUGCUGCAGCAAUAUGCGUCAAAGCAGUUGGGGAGUGGAAACGUUGGAAGUGGUGGAAGUUGUGAGGCGGAUAGAACGGGUUUCGGGAGCGGUGGAGGUGGUGGUGCUGGACGCCCGCAACCACGUGCACGGCGUACGCAACGUCGUGUCACUCACUCCGAGAAACGCUAUCACUCAGGAGGCCGGAUGAUUCCUGGAGGGAUCGUCAGUCCCCCAGGAACUGGCGGCUCCACGGGGAACAUCGGGAACACGAAUUCGGCAGCCAUCAGACGUGGGAAUCGCAGACUCACGCGGAAUGAAAGCCGCUAUCACUCUGAGGUGCGCCAGGAAGCUGUGCAGCAGGCGCUGGCGGCGAUGCAGAGCCGACCGAAGCCCUCGCUGCCGAUGCCAUCGAAGAGGACGUCCGUGAUGGCGCGGAGUCCGGAGCGUGAGCGCCGCGACGGCGGAGGGGUCGGCGACUCGAGCAGCGACGAGGACAGCGUCGUGACGGAGGAGAGUCCGGGCGCGGGCGGCCCCAGCGGCACGGGCCUCUCCGACACCAGCAGCACGGGGUCGGCGCGCGACACUCCGCCGCCGCCGAGACCGCCGGCCAGGCGCCCGCCCGCCGACAUCACCGACAUCGCCGAGUACUCGCCGCACGCCUACUGCAACCUGGUGCAGCCGCCCGACGUCACGCACACCACGCAGAAUCGGCGGCCCGUCAUCGCCGACCACGUCAACCGCUACCACGCGGUCGAGGACAACAACACCGGCACCACCGGCCGCUGGAAAGUGUCCGCUAAAAUUCAGCAGCUACUCAACACGCUCAAGCGGCCCAAGCGCCGACCGCUGCCCGAGUUCUACGAGGACGACGACAUCGAGCUCGAGAUCGCCGCCAACCCCAAGGACCCCAACGCACCCAAACCCGAGGGCGGGUCGAUGACCUCUGCGGUCGGCGAGCAGAUGUCCGUGGCCUCCGGACUGCCAAGGUCGCUCGAGGCCGCGAUUCUAAGGUACGGCUCAGCUACAUACAAGGCACCAGCUGCGACGGUUUUGGAUCCGAAUGGCAAACUCUGCAUAACCUUGACAUAUGGCAAACUUCUAAGCCGCUCCCAUAAGAUAGCCUACACUUUAUUAAACAAAACAUUGAGUCGUGCCGGCGACUGCUGCCUCAAGCCGGGCGACAGAAUCGCUCUAGUUUAUCCGAACAACGACCCAAUCAGCUUUCUUUGUGCUUUCUACGGGUGUCUUCAAGCUGGAAUCGUCCCUGUUCCAAUAGAGGUCCCUCUGACUCGCCGGGAUGCUGGCUCCCAGCAAAUCGGCUUCCUACUAGGCAGCUGCGGCAUUCAGGUGGCGUUGACAAGUGAAGCAUGCCUGAAAGGUCUUCCGAAGACGACGGCGGGCGAGGUGGUGGCAUUCAAGGGCUGGCCGAAGCUGCACUGGUUCGUCACCGAGCACCUGGCGAAGACGCCCAAGGACUGGCUGCCGCCGCCGCGCCUCACGGACGACACGCCCGCCUACAUCGAGUACACCACCGACAGGGACGGCUCCGUGAUGGGCGUGACGGUGACCCGGGCGGCGAUGCUCUCGCACUGCCGCGCCCUGACGCAGGCCUGCGGCUACACCGAGGGCGAGAUCGCCGUCUGCGUGCUCGACUUCAAGCGCGAGGUGGGCCUGUGGCACGCGACCCUCACCAGCAUCCUCAACGGCAUGCACGUCAUCUUCAUCCCCUACGCGCUGAUGAAGGUGAACCCGGCCAGCUGGAUGCAGAUGAUCACCAAGCACCGCGCCAGCGUGGCCGUGGUCAAGUCCCGGGACCUGCACUGGGGCCUGCUGGCCACCAAGGACCACAAGGACAUCACGCUGUCGUCCCUCCGGCUGUUGCUCGUGGCCGACGGCGCGAACCCCUGGUCGCUGUCCUCGUGCGACCAGUUCCUCUCGGUGUUCCAGUCGAAGGGCCUGCGCCCGGACGCCGUGUGCCCCUGCGCCUCGUCCAGCGAGGCUCUCACGGUCUCCAUUCGGCGGCCCGGUCGCGCGGGUGUCAACGCCACGGGCAGGGGCGUCUUGUCCAUGUCGGGCCUCAGCUACGGCGUCGUUCGCGUCGACCAGGAGAAUUCACUUACGUCACUGACUCUCCAGGAUUGCGGUCAAGUCAUGCCCGGCAGUGUCGUAGUCGUGAUAAAAAUGGAAGGACCAGCAAACAUUUGCAAAACAGACGAAGUUGGAGAGAUAUGUGUGCAUAAUCAAACGACUGGAAAUCAAUAUUGGGGAUUGCAAGGACUGACUAAUAAUACUUUUAAAGUGGCACCUUUGCAAGCAGAAGGAACCGCCCUGGGCAAUGAGGAGUACACACGUUCGGGUCUCCUCGGAUUCCUGGGACCUGGAGGACUUGUUUUCGUCUGUGGCUCGCGUGACGGACUCAUGACUGUCACCGGCAGGAAGCACAAUGCGGACGAUAUAAUUGCCACUGUUUUAGCUGUCGAACCAACCAAGUUUAUUUAUCGAGGCAGAAUUGCUGUGUUUAGUGUCCGGGUCUUGCGGGACGAGAGGAUAUGUGUUGUCGCUGAACAACGACCCGAUUGCAGUGAAGAAGAGAGCUUCCAGUGGAUGUCGAGAGUGCUGCAGGCCGUGGACUCGAUCCACGCCGUGGGAAUUUACUGCCUCGCGCUGGUGCCGCCGAACUACUUGCCCAAGACGCCCCUGGGUGGAAUCCACCUCUCCGAGACGAAGAGACGCUUCCUGGAGGGCACACUCCACCCGGCAAAUGUCCUCCUCUGUCCUCAUACUUGCGUGACAAAUUUACCAAAACCUCGUGAAGUACAUUCCGCGGGGGAUUCUGUUGCAGACGUGGGUCCAGCCAGCGUCAUGGUCGGCAACAUCGUCCAGGGGAACAGGCUCGCCUCGGCCCAGGGCAGAGACAUGGGAGUCCUAGACGAGGACAGCGACAGUGCCAAAAAGUAUCAAUUUAUUUCGGAAAUUCUGCGAUGGCGAGCGGUCGGCACCUCAGACCAUGUGAUAUUUACGUCCUUGAAUUCGAAGGGAGCGGUCGCCGCCUCACUCUCUUGUUCCCAGCUGCACAAGAAAGCCGAACGAAUUGGAAAUCUACUUCUCGAUCGCGGAAGAAUCAAUACUGGAGAUCAUGUGGCUCUUAUCUUCCCACCUGGCACUGAUUUAAUUUGUGCCUUCUAUGGCUGUCUGUACGUCGGCGCUGUUCCCGUUACAAUCAGGCCUCCACAUCCGCAGAAUCUCCAGACAACGCUUCCAACCGUCAAGAUGAUCGUGGACGUCAGUAAAUCCGUGAUGAUACUCACGAAUCAGAAUCUUUUAAAGUUACUCAAGUCUAAGGAAGCUAACAAUGUCGUGGAGAUCAAAAGCUGGCCGACGAUCCUCGACAUGGACGACAUGCCAAAGAAAAAGUUGCCAGUCAUGUAUCGUGCCCCGACAGCCGAAAUGUUGGCCUAUCUCGACUUCAGCGUCUCGACAACGGGAAUGCUGGCUGGAAUAAAAAUGUCUCACGCAGCCGUCACGUCCCUCUGUCGGGCCAUGAAAUUGUCCUGCGAACUUUAUCCCUCUCGUCAUAUCGCUCUCUGUCUGGACCCCUAUUCCGGAUUGGGAUUCGCUCUCUGGUGCCUUAGCAGUAUCUACAGCGGGCAUCAUUCUAUUCUCAUACCUCCGUCAGAGGUUGAAGCAAACCCAGCUCUCUGGUUAUCAGCCGUGAGUCAUUCCAGAGUAAGAGACACUUUCUGCUCUUAUGGAGUGAUGGAACUUUGCACGAAAGGUUUGGGCUCCUCGGUUCACGCUCUCAAAGCAAGAGGAGUGAGUUUAGCGUGCGUUCGAACCUGCGUUGUAGUCGCCGAAGAAAGGCCGCGAAUCGCUCUCACCACCAGUUUUAGCAAACUAUUCUCUGCUCUUGGAUUAAGUCCUCGUGCCGUGUCUACGUCCUUCGGUUGCAGAGUUAACACCGCCAUUUGUUUACAGGGUGCUUCCAGUCCAGAACCGUCAACAGUGUACGUAGAUCUUCGAGCUUUGAGAAACGAUCGGGUUUCGCUGGUCGAACGAGGAAGUCCUCAUUCUUUAUGUUUGAUGGAGUCGGGGAAACUCUUGCCAGGUGUGAAAGUAAUAAUUGCCAAUCCCGAGACAAAAGGACAGUGCGGAGAUUCGCAUUUGGGUGAAAUUUGGGUUCAGUCGUCACAUAACGCGAGUGGUUACUUCACUAUUUACGGCGAUGAGAGCGACUACGCUGAUCACUUUAAUGCGCGACUCGUUACCGGAAAUACGAAUGAAGUGUACGCUAGAACUGGGUACUUGGGCUUCUUGAGACGCACAGAAUCGGUGCAGCAGUCAGUCGCCGGUGAUCCAAUAAACGACAGUUCAGCUUCUGAGGCUGAUGCUCCGACUGGAGAUGCGGAACUUCAUGACGCUGUCUUCGUCGUUGGAGCUCUCGAUGAAGCCAUUUUACUCAGAGGCAUGAGAUAUCAUCCCAUCGAUAUUGAGAAUAGUGUGAUGAGGUGCCAUAAGAAAAUCGCUGAAUGUGCCGUUUUCACGUGGACCAAUCUUCUCGUGGUGGUGGUGGAAUUAGACGGAAGUGAGAGCGAGGCAUUGGAUCUUGUGGCUCUGGUGACAAGCGCCGUUUUGGAGGAACAUCAUCUCGUUGUCGGUGUGGUCGUGGUCGUCGAUCCAGGUGUAGUGCCCAUCAAUUCGCGUGGUGAAAAACAGAGAAUGCACUUGCGCGACGGCUUCCUCGCCGAUCAACUCGAUCCAAUUUACGUCGCGUACAAUAUGUAAGAAGGCCCCUCCUCGAGUAUCGUCGCACAAUUUUUCUAUAAUACACAAGUCGCUCUCGUUUCUCAUCGCUUCGUGACCCUGCUUUUCUCUCUCUCUCUCUCUCUCAUUCUCUCUUCUUCAUUUUUUUUCUCCUCCUUAUCAUCGCAUGAGAAAAAACGUAUCACGAGGAAAUCAGGGUUCUUUCCCCCCAUAGAAAUUCAUUACGAAGCGUUAACGCAUCAACGCCUUUAGUAAUUGGCAAAUUUUUGAACAAAAAUUCCCAAUCUAUUUUAUUUCGUCAAAUUUUUAACUUUUAACCGAUUUAAGAGUUUUUGUCAAUUUAUUUUCAAAAAAGGACUUUUUUGAAAUUUGUUUGUUAUUCGAUUUACGCCUUUUAAGCGAUUUGAAUAUUAUUUUUGUUAUGUAGACGAGUCGCGUUUAUUAAGUUAUAUGUGUGAUAAUAAUGGCUCGAAUUUAUGAUCGUCGAUUGACUGCUGUCGUUUUUUCUUUUGCCCUUAAAUUUUAAACAAUGUUUUUUUUUUAAUUGACGUAUUCGUCACGCACAGCUUUUUAAGUGAAAUAUUUUAUCUUCUAUAAGAUAAGAAAAAAAGAAGAAUUGGAAUCGUGAGGAAACCGCUCAAUCAUCGAUUCAAUCAAUUUUUUUUUUUGAUUGUUUCCGAUGGCAAUCACUUCUUUGAAAACCUCUCAAUUUGUUUUUAACCCAUAAUGUACAUUUGUUGAUACUUUUAUAAUUUUAUAUAUACAUAAAAAAAUAUAUAUAUGCCUAUAUAACCCAAAAUUAUUUUAAGCGUUAAAUUGAGACGCGGCACGAGGGUGUGAUCGUGCUCACAGAAUUGUACUAUUUAUCAUCGAUUUUGUACGACUCUCGUGAUCGAGCGAUUAAAAGCGGCCAUUAUGAUAGUGAUGAUUCGAAAAUCCGAAUCGCCACUAGCAAACAAUUUGUAAAUAGGAAAAAAAAAAAAAUAAUUUAAGAGUAAAUUAGAAUUCUUUUGACUGACGGAUUUUGUUUCGUAGUCUGCACAAUUGUCUCCUCUCUUGUCGAUUUUAAGGAACCGUGCCAUUCCGUUCAGCAAGUUUUCUUUUUUUGUAAUUUGUUUUUCGUUGAACAAAUUCUUUUUUUUUCAUAGCGCCCCCGACUUGAAUGUAGGCUUGUGCAAUGUAGGAAAAUUCGAACGCAAGAUCACGUCGAUCUCUUAGCUCGUACGAUAGUAAUUACACGGUAGAACAUCCCUGAGAAAAGAAAAAAAAAUAGCAUGACCCUUUAUCCUGAGACUCCGGGGUUAAUACUCAAAUGCAUCUCUCAUCUGAUUGCUGGUUGCAAGAAAUUCUCGAAUGCUAAACUAUUCUUCGAAAUGCAUCAUUUUACAAGAGAACUGUUAUUUCCCUUUUGAAACCUUCGUGUGCACUCCAUCUCAUUUCAUCAAUCUCGAAUAAACAUUUUAGACUCGCGAUUUCAACAGGAAUGUCUGCUCAGUGGAAAAUUAUCUUUACUAAUUUUUAAAGAGGUCUGGAUUUGUAAAUCACAUUCUCUUUUACAUGAAUUUCUAAUUUCUAUUGUAUAAUUUAUUUUUGUACAUCGCUUUCAAAUGGAAAUGUUUUUUCCAACUCUUGGAAAAAUUUAAUAGAAAAAGUUCUAUGAAGCUGAAAGUCCGCAACGUUUUUAAAAACGAAAAAUUUUAUAAAGUUUUUUUUAGUUCAUCUCAAAUUUUAAUAUGAAAAAUUAAGAAACUAACAUUUUCCUAAAAGAAUGUUACCUACAAAUAUAAUUAAAAUUUGAAACUAAAAUAAAUAUUUUCUUAGAGCAAUUCGACUUGAAUGGAUCCAAUAAAAAAAUAUUUUAAGGGACAUUGUUAUAUUCAAAUUAACAUAACUUCUAAUUAAGAAAUUUUAAUUUUUGUGUAGUGAAUUUUCAAAGUUUUGAAUUUUCAAUUUUUUGAAUUUUUAAUUUGUUGACUACUUUUUAAUUACGAAAC